GUAAAUUUGGAAAGUCACACUGCUUCUCCCGCACGCGUUCGCAUCUCUAGAUAGACACAUAGAGCAGAACCCUACCUACUCUCCGGCUGUUUUUAGACCAUGGUACAUGACCGACCAGGCUGUUUGGCGCCUGGUUUGCUGGCGGCGGCUACGGGGGAAACCACAUUGAACCCACUGCUUCUUUCCCCUGCAUCCUGCAAGACAUACCAAAAUAUCAACCUCAAGUCAUGCCUGGCAAGCCUGGGUCGCCAUGGUUUAUUAGUCCACAUAGUCCUCUCUUGUUUCGUUUCUCCUCCGCUCUCGUCUCUCUCUCCCAUUAGUUGUUCUAGGUUGUUGUUCCUAUUAUUCUUGUUGUUUGUUGUUGUUGAUCGACCUGUUCUUCAUAGUCCCUUGCUGCUCAAGUGCUCUCUUCUUGCCUUCGCUUCAGACUCUUUAUUUGAUAUUGAUACCCUGGUUCGCUUCUUUUUGUCACCACCACCAUGGCGAGCGAGUCUGUCAAGAAUGAGGCCUCCUCAUCUACCUUCGAGGUCGACUCUCAGAACGACCACUACCUCGAGAGGCAGACCAAGACUUUCAAGCUGAUCGAUGCUGCCCGGGUAUCCAUCACCGCCCUCGCCCUCCUCUGCGGCAUCACCAUCCUGGGCCUUUCUGCCGACGCCAUCAGGGUCUACAACACGACCAGGUUCCACGGGAGCCCCUUGCUCUCCGUCUGGCCCGAAGUUUUCGACUUGCAGCCAACCGUUGCUCUCGUCGCUGGCAGCUCCCUGGUCGCCCUGGCAAACAUCGCAGCCCUGCUGUGCAGCAAGGUUCCUCAUCUCCGCAACAACACCCCCGUCCACACCCCCGUCAUGUUUGCCGCCCCCGUCGUCGGCUUCGUGGCAGCACUAGUGGCUGUCAUCGUCUUCUACGCCAUCAAUGCCUCGGAGACGACCGACUCCCUGCUCAGUUGGACUUGCCGUUGGAGGUCUGUCCACAUGGGGCAGGCGCCUUACUUUGGGACGCUCUGCGGCCAGUCUUGGGCCGCUGUAUACCUGGCUGUCAUCCUCGUGCCCCUCGAGGCCCUGGCCCUGUGUGCUGCGGGCUGGCAGCUGAAGGUUGAGAAGCAUGUCACUGCAUACGCUCAUGCCAGGAAGGGAAGCCCCGUUGCAUGAGCUAGCCGUAGUCGGUGCAUUUCACCGUCAUACUGUAUUCUGUAACAAGAGAACUGCAUCAUUUGAAAAGACAAGUCAGUUGCCAAUCUGCGUUGGGGUUUGCUAUCAGAGAUGCCCGGUACUGGGCAGCAGGGCUGGACUUUGGACUCUUUGGCUUUCUUUUCUAUCCAUAGUUGGCGUCCGGUAUGUAUAUUUCUACGUCGAGUCAAUGCCAACUCUUGUUCCAGAUUUGGUGCGGGCAAGUACAACGAUUCAUUCCAAGAAAAAAAAAACCAUCUCCCCGUGCAGAUCAACCAGGUGGGAAACGGCCGUGGCCACAGGUUGAAAUGAGAUUGCUGCUACCAUCCGUGCACGUAGCACAAGAACCCGAGACACAUAUUUCC